UUUAAUUCAGUAGGCAACAAAAAAGGCCGAACCGAGGUCAUAGCUAUUUUGCUGAACAUAAGGAGAGGUGUGUUUGCCAAGAUAAAUAUGUCAGUUUAAUAGUCGUGGUAGACCUGCACUACGUGCUCGGACCUUCAGCAGCUAUGCGCUGCAGCAGCGGGGCCAGUGCUAUGAGAUGGAAAAUCGUUGUGGCUCUUCUCGGAAUAACCCUGCUCCAAGUGUGCAGUGUUCAAAGCACCAGAAGCCCUAAUUUGUGCAGACUCUCUUCCUCUCAGAUCAACACGCUUUUCGAAGCGGUGACCUUUCCGAAAUUUGUCGACAGAUCGCUCAACGCUUCAGCUAGCACGAUAAAUGUGCCGGACAAAGUGUGCCAGAAAAAAAUCGACGAUCUUAAAUACUCGAUUGACGACCUGGUGGUGAAUAGCCAGAAAUGUGCAGCCGGAGAAAACACGGCGUGCGUGGAUGCAAAGCACGAAGCAGUCAAAAUUAACAUCAACAAGCUAGUUGCAAGAUCUGAACGAGAUACGAGAGACGAAUUGAGGAGGCUCGAAACGAGAGUGGAUGAACUGUAUUCCCAAAUUUUUGAAUCCUUGCUAGCUGAGCAAAGCUUCGUGAAUAUCGCUCAGAGCGUCAAGUCGAAAAUUCAAUCAGGAAAUUACAAGGAUGCUGCGAGUUUCUUCCUGAAAGCCACAGACUCGAAGAAGUUAGACCAAUAUGAUGAGAUUGUUCGAUCGCUAGAUCUGAAUAAUGAGGAUUCAAAGAAAGUGCUGCUGUUCAUAAAAGCCCUCGAAGUCAGUCCUAUUUCAUUUAAUGUGGCGCAGGGCAUCGCAUUUGAAAAUUUUACAGCGCCGAGUUUUUUGUUUUUCCACGACGUAGUCAAGUCUGCUGUCGAACACAAGGACUUCACAAAUCAACAAGUGUAUUUCCAACGGAAUUUCAGAGCUCUGUUGGGGACUUUAAUCGAUAAAAAGAGAAGCGUCGUCAAGAAUCUACUCACGACUUUGGAAAAUGAGGAUUUCAGCACGAUUUUACAAAUUGAAACAUAUUUCGCACCACAAAAAAUUACUUCCCUUUUACGAGAUCUCUCCACGGAAGUAAUGAAGCAAAACGUCACAGAUGCCGUUCAACAAAUUAUAAAAAUUGCAUCAAACCUGAAGGAUUUAGGCAACCAGUGCAUUAUUUUGGAAAAUGCGCAUCAGAUAAUUCAGCAAAGAAAUGCAGACUAUUCCAUCGAAGCGUUUCAAAUGUGGCUGUACGCAAGGAAAACCGUGAACGAGGAACCCGACUUCAGAGCCCAAGAAAUCGAUUACAGGAAGAAAUGUGUCACAGUGCAAGAUGACUUGGAUCAGUACGCCGCCACAAAUAUCAACAAUUUUGUAAAAAUGUAUGACGAUCGGCCGCGUUCGCUUUUAGGCUUCUUUUACAUGUAUCCUGUCACGAUGAAAUUUUUCCUUCCUGAUCUGGUUGAACAAAAGUACCGCGGCCAAAGAGGCUCGUUGCUGAAACUGACGGCUUUUUAUUACAAAAUCAACCGAAUGGAGGACUCGAUCAUUUUUUUAAAAAGUCUCGUCGACCAGCUUGUCAUAUACGAAGAAACAAAUAGCUUUGAGUCAUUCCACAUUUUCACCGAGUUGAAAGUGAUAAUGAGUCUCUCCGAGUAUCCCAACGCUGGAAGCAUUUUCAAAAAGAAAUGCAACACGGCAAAGAGCCACAUGCCCAAGUGGAUGGGAGAGCUGAUUUGGAAAGACACCGCGAGCUGCAGCCUCACAAAUAGAUUCAACGGGCACGUCCUCUUGUGCUCAAACUUGUCAUCAGACGAUUUCAAUUCCAUCUACACUAAACCCCCCAAAGGAAACACAGGCGAGAAAUGGAAAAUUGUAUUAGAACCUUCAAAUGGUCGGCUGGUCCUGCAAAACAGGCAGUUUUCUACCUCGUUGCUGCACCACGGCGAGGGGCUACCAAUGCCGCGGGGCACUGACAUGGGAUGGAAUGGCUGGUCCAAUCACGAGGGCGAAAAGUGGAAAAUUGAAGGGGUCCCUGGAGAUUUUGUCAAACUUUAUUACGCAGAUGGAAUCUACUUGACAGGAAGCAAUAGAAGAUGCAAUAUUGGAUAUAAUUGUGUCGAUUUAAAGAGAAGUACGCAAGACCAUCUGCAGCAAUGGAAAUUGCAAUGCUAGAAAUGUAAAAAUCAACAACAGAAGACAUUUAAACAGCUUCUGAUUUCUGAUUCGUUUGUAUUUUGUUUUGUCUGAGUUUCAGGGACGAAAUUUAUAAUAUAAACCAAAGAACGCAAUGAAUUGUUGCGUUUUAUAAAGGAAAAUCGUUGUUUAGUGUGUAUAAUAUAUUGAUAUAAAACAACCGUUAAAAAUUAUUGUAAAACACGAACAGCGUUACAAGUGUAGUGCCGCUGCAUUAAAAUAAAUAAUUUAUCAGAAAAAAGGG